AUUCUUCGCCAAGGUCGCGGUCUGGUGCACUUUAAAGUCUUUCUGCGUGUGGCUUUAUAAUGCCAGAGGUUACUCAUCAAGAUAAUGAUAAAAAGACAAAGAAGGAACUUAGAAAAUUACAACGCGAUAUAGGUAAACCAAAGGUUCAAGAAGCAGAGGUUGAUCAGAAAACUGUGGUUAAGCUCCUUGGGGAAAAUGGGAUACUUGAUGCAACGGAUGCAUAUGGUGUUCUCCCAUUGUGUCAGUCACAGUUUACUGAAGGCCCCAAGUACACUGAACUGAGAGAAUUGUCAAAGGAGUCAAAUAUCAAUCAAAAUGUGUGGGUUCGUGGGCGUCUUCAUAGAAGUCGAAUGAAAGGGAAACUAUGUUUUUUUAUACUGCGUUUACAAGACUACAGAGUACAAAACGUGCUUUCUGUCGGGGAACGUACUCCAAAAGAAAUGUUGGCAUUCGUCUCCAGCAUUUCUAAGGAAUCGAUCGUCGAUGUUUUUGGGCGAGUUCUAAAAAGCCCUGUUCUCAUUGAGGGUUGCAAUCCAGAUACCAUUGAAAUCCAUUGUGAAAAAGUGUUUGUUGUAAGUGCUGCUCUUCCAACUUUACCUCUACAAAUUGAAGACGCAAUGAGACCUGAUGGUGACGAAACGACUUUGAGUCGAGUCAAUCAGGAUACUCGUUUAGAUAAUAGAUGCAUAGAUCUGAGGACUCCGGUCAAUCAAGCUAUUUAUCGGGUUGAAGCUGGUGUAGUCAAGUUUUUUAUGGAAUACCUUACUAAUGCUGGGUUUGUGAAUAUCCAUACUCCAAAAAUGAUUUCAGCAGCUUCCGAAGGUGGUGCAAAUGUUUUCAAAGUGUCCUACUUUUCUGGUAGUGCCUAUUUGGCCCAGUCACCUCAGCUAUAUAAACAAAUGGCCAUAGCGGCUGACUUUGAAAGGGUCUUUACCAUAGGCUCAGUUUUCCGUGCUGAAGAUUCUAACACACAUCGACAUCUUACAGAAUUUGUUGGUUUAGACAUAGAGAUGGCCUUCAAAAACCAUUACCAUGAGGUGGUCGAUCUUAUCGCAGAUAUGUUUGUUCAUGUGUUCAAAGGGUUGCAACGCGAGUAAGAACCGUUAUACCUUUCUCAUACUGCUUUUCUCUCAUUAAUCAUACUUUGAGAAACGUUAUUUCGUUGAAUAUCUAGUGUCUUUUUCAUUCGUUUUUUAGCACCAAAUUCCAAGACUUCCCAGUAAGGGUUCCAUCGGUAAACAUAUUCACUCGAUCAUACUUAGAAUACACCUUUUAGCACAGAAAUUGGCCUAUUUAUUAUUUGCCAAUUGUAUUGUCACUUUUUCUUAAAACAGAAAAGUUCCUUGUUUCAAAAUUAAACAUCUUAUGUUCCGGAUCAAUAAAUUUUCAUCUAUCGUUUCCUAAUAUAUAAUCUGAGAGCACACAGAUUAAAACAACAUCGGUCCGUAAAGUCAUUAAUCUAUGAGGAAAGGUGCAGACAUUCUAUUUUGGACCCACGCAAUACUCAAGUUGUGGUUACAAAUGUCACGUUACAUGGCGUUUAUUCCACCAUAGUGGUUCAGCUGCAUUAGUUAUGCAUCUUCCAAAUCCUGAGUGUCGUUCCCAAAUUUUAAUUAUUUGAUCUCGUUUGUUCCCUUUAGAGUGUAUUCAUCCUAAUUGGAUUCUCAUUGUAGUUUGAAUUAUUUCCAAACCUAUGUUUCUCAUCUUGUUGAUUUGGUAUAGUGCUGAAGUAAGGUUUGACAGUUUAAACUGAUGUACACUCAUUUUAGGUUCUACGUUGAUCAGUAUUAACUGAAGCUAACCCUCAUACAUGUUACUUUCGUCAGUUUUGUCGAAAUUCUCAUCGUUUAAAUUCACCAUGAAGUAAAGUUUGUCAAUACCAUCUAUGGUUCAUUCAAUGUGAGAUAUCAAACUGAAAUCCAAACCAUAUGUCAACAAUAUCAUUCAGAACCUUUUGAAUUCCUUCAACCUACGUUACGCUUACAAUAUCGUGAUGCUAUUCGGAUGUUACAAGAUGCCGGUUGGGAAAUUGGAGAACUAGAUGAUUUAAGUACACCUGCUGAAAAGUUCCUUGGGAAAUUGAUCAAGGAAAAGUAUCAUACAGACUUUUAUAUUCUUGAUAAGUUCCCACUUGAUAUUCGCGCUUUCUAUACUAUGCCACAUCCUACUGAGAAGGGCUAUUCUAAUUCGUAUGAUUUUUUCAUGCGUGGGGAAGAAAUCAUGUCUGGAGCACAACGUAUUCAUGAUCCAGUCCUUUUAUCGGAACGUGCUACACACCAUAAAGUUGAUCUGGAAAAGAUUAAAGCGUACAUUGACGCUUUUCGUUAUGGUUGUCCACCCCAUGCCGGUGGAGGGAUUGGUCUUGAGCGAGUGACUAUGCUGUUCCUUGGGUUGGAUAAUAUCAGAAAAGCAUCAAUGUUCCCACGUGAUCCAAAACGAUUGACUCCUUAAUUUAUUUUGAUAAAUCUUUAACAGAACUCGGUAGCACUUUGUGUUUUCUUUCUAUUUCUUUGGGGGGGGGUAAUUUAAGUAUUUAUUAAUUCAGUAAAAUAGUUACUGGAACGCUUAGUAUUUUCGUUUGUUAUUUUGGUCAGUCUUUCCGUACGUUGCUCUAUUUUUUUGUUUUAGGACAUCGAAGAAACGUGUUCACUUAGUUUUUUUAAGCAGCUUAUCUAAAUUUUGUUGAUCCGUAAUAAACGAUCCUUCAACUCUUAGUUUUUAUGUAACAUUCUUUACAUAAAAUGUGUAGACCAAGUGGUUUGGUCGUAAUGAUCUUCACUUUAGA